AUGGGAGAGCUUCGUGGUGGCGCGGGAGGGGGUGGUGGGCGCCGGAGAAGGACAUGGGAGAAAACGAAGAGUGGGGCCAGGUGGUUGAAGGCGUUUGUGACCAGGCAACCUGUCCAAGGACUCCGAGCUGCUGCCGAUCCAGAAGAAGAUACAGAUAGCAACACGGCUGGAACAACUGGAGCGUCAGGAAAACUCGGAGCUACAGGAACAACUGAGGUGACAAGAGCUCUUGGAACGACGGCAACUCCUGGGACAGCCGGAAAUACAGGAACGGCUGGCGAAUCUAGAAUUAUUGUGAGAACUGAGAUUACUGUGACAGUUGAAACAACUGGGACGACUGGGACGACUGGGACUACUGGGACCACUGGAAACAGCGGAGACCCUUUUCAACCGCGAAGGCGUUCACGCUCUCUGCCCAACAUUGCUGUCAGCCGCUCGUCAAGUGGACCGCAAAUAUUAGGGGUACCUCAGCGAAGCAGUCGACAUCGAGCUUCUUCUAACCAACUGCCGUCUCAUCCCAUUGAUACAAGCAUUCGGGAUGUCGCUGCCCAGGCUUAUCCCAGUAUCAAUCCCAGUACCACUGCAGAGACCUGGUGGCAACAAAACACGGCGCCGAGCUACGGACCCGGUCGGCUUCGUGGUGGCGCCGGAGAGGGUGAUGAUGGGCGACGGAAGAAGGGAUGGAAAGCUUUCCAGAAUUUCAUAAAAGGCUCUUUGAAGAAGGCACGGACGUCUAGAAUAGGGGAACUUGAAGCUACGGGAAGCCAGACAGGGGCCCCGAGACGACAAAGUACGCUCGCCGGAACGUCUACUGCAACAGGCAGUGCGCCUGUUGCAAAGCCGCCAACGUCCAGCGAGACCUACGAGAUGACUACCUCUAGACAGCCCGCCGGUACCGAGAGCCCCCGCAAGUGGGGGUUCAAAGCUGCUGCCGCCCGGGAGGCCGGCAAGCGUGAGAUUCGUCGAACUGCGGCUGGUCAUCCCGAUGCCAUCAGUAGAGCACCACCGGUGAAGGGUUCUGAACCCGCGGUGAAUACUGUCGGAGAACCAUGGCCAAAGUAUGACCGGAACCUCUGCAAGACUGGCGACUACAACCCCCCAGGAACGCGUAACAAGCCUCAAGUAAUCCAGCCACUGCCCCAAGUCAAGGAAAAGAUACCUAUUACCGGCACUGGAUUUGAUUACUACCCCAGCACUACGUUUACGGAGCGGUACCGAAGCCGGCCGAUCGAGACGUACGACGACUAUGCGGGACCGCCUAUUGAGAAGAAGGAUCAGGGGGAGGAGAAGGGGGUUGUUGUUCCAGGUGAUAGCGAGGCGGGAGGAUCGAGACGACCUCCGCCGGCUCCUAGGCAUGGGCUUGCUCAGCCGGUUCGUCGAGGGCAGCGGGCUCCUCCUAUGCCAUCUAUUACCAGUGUUUUGGCUGAGGCCGGGCCGCCUGGGCUUCCGCCACUGGUAAGCAGUCUCUAG